CCACGAACCACAGAAGACGACUUCUCAAUUAUUAUCUCGUCUCUCUACUCUAUCAUCAAAUAUCACCAAGCUGCUAUGGCGAGCAGCUCAGAGUUCCACACACAUCACGCAACCCCCCAACGACUCGUCCGGGAACUACGAUUUCUUCUAGGUGACGGUGCUCAAUUCAAAGUUGAGAUGCGUCACAACGUCUACAAUAUCGAGAGUGACCAAGAUCUAGAUUUGGAAAAGCUGCAACAGCGCUGCAAGCAACGACGCCAGGUCCCACUUCGCUUCCCAUAGCCCGGCUCCGCGACUUUGAUAGUUCCCGUUAGGCUUGAUCAUUAUAACAUAUACUAUCUUAGGGGUGGAUGAAGGCUAUAGAGAUCUUGUCUCAUCGAUGUUAGC